GCCGCAUUUGCGAAUUUUAUGAAAGAAGACCUGGAAGAAGAUUUACCUUAUAAGAGGCUGACGAUGAUGAUGAUGAUGGAAAUCUGUGACAAGAGAAGGGUGAGGCAGUAUAACAGAUCAGAAGCUCCAAGGAUAAGAUGGAGCAAUGAACUGCACAACCGUUUUGUAAGGGCAGUGGAAUCCCUUGGAGGACAAACCAAAGCAACCCCAAAGCGCAUUCUUCUAUUAAUGGGUGUAAAUGGACUAAGCAUAUCUCAUGUCAAAAGCCAUCUUCAGAUGUACAGAUCCAUGAGCAACAACAAUUCAGACCUUAGUAACUACCAGUAUUCCGAAGACCAGUGCAAGCAAAACAUAUCUCAAUGUAAUCACAAUUUUCUUGAGGACAAAUGCAAGAAAUCCACUUCAAACUCAAAAGUUUGCAGCUCAGCUUCAAAUGAUGUGCAGAUGGAGGAAGCAAUUUCGAAGUUUGGUGAUCGCAGACAGUUCAGAGAAGGCAGCAAACGGAAUAAGAUUAUUCCUCAGACGAUGUCUCCAUACGAGGAAUUAUCAUUAAGAGAUCUGGAUUGCAAACUAACACUGUCAUCAUUCGACUAUCAGAAACAAAUAGUUAGUGAAGAAGGAAGAGAUGGAAGUUCUAGCACAGAGUUGGAUGCCUUCGAAGCGGUCCCUGUAUUGCCAAACUCCAUCCAUGUUGAUUCCAAAGCCUUUAAAUAUCUACCAGAAGAGAAUGAGAUAAAUCUUGACCUCACAAUUUCAUCAAAAUCAUAUAAUUCUUGAUUUUUGAUAGAGCACAUAUUUACAUAAUGUAAUGCAAUAUAAUCUCAUUCA